CUCCCGGGCUAUAGGUUUUUAGAGCUCUGGACAGCUCUUAUAUCCCGCCCCCUCUUAGCCUCUGCGGGCUUCCUCCUUGGUUCCCUUAAAAUGGAGCUCUAGGGGAAGCAGUUUUAUCCUCCCCUCAUAUUCUUACUCCUCGCUACGUAGUACAGCUUUUCAUGGGGUCUAUGCUCGGGGAUUGGCCUUCGUAUAAUCCUUACAAUUUCAGCCAACUUCGACCAUCGGAUCCUUCCAAUCCUUCUAAGAUUACACCUGCUACUUAUCAUCCUACUCAUAACCGGACUGUUCCACCACCUAACCAAGUUAUAUCAACUGAAUCUACAAAUAUUCUUUUGAGACAGUUCUAUCAACGUUCGGAGGAAAAGUUGAGACUAAAAAGAGCAGCCUCCGAUCAUCUGGUUCCAGAGCAUGGAUGCAAACAACCAAGGGGUUCUUUCGUGGAUACUUCCAACUGAAUCUUUCUCAUUAUAACGUCCUGAGCUUUCUCUAUGUUUCUCUAUCAAUUCUUACUGGCCAUGCCAAGGAUGUCUUAGUCUUCCUUGGGUUGCUCAUUUGUGUUGUAUGCUUAUCCAGCCAUGUAGAUUAUGUGUUUAUGGUUUAUAAUGGAAUAAAUUAAGGGGGAGGGGUGGAGCAAGGCAACACCCACCGGUACAAGCAAUUAGAUGUUUUUCCUGUCAAAAGUGCCAAAAAGCUUUACCA